AUGCAACAUGAGGCUCCAGCAGCAGAACAGAUGAACUGUUGCCGCAGAGUUUUUGUGAAAAUGCAUAUUUGUUCAGCUACAUCUCAGUCUCAUAAGGUGUAUACGCAACAAUUUUCAUCGGAAUUAUAACAUCAGUUCAUACAUGACCUGUGUGGGCAGUGUUUCUCUUCCUUUCACACCUUAGGACAACUUCAAAAAAUCCAUGACUCAAGCGGGGAUAUCUGUGGCAAGAAAACAUCAGAUUUUGUCAUGGAAAAGAAGACACAUUAUGAUUCUAUCAUGGACCGAAGCAAACGUAUUAUGUGGCAGGAUGACUGCUACGUGGAUCUGCAGUCCACUUCCUCCUCUCAGUCAUCACACACAGUGACCAAGGAUAUUAGUUGGAUCAACAAACACCAAGACCAGCUGCAGCGUUUCAUAACAAGCCCCUUUCUAGAGGGGAUGUUGACCCACCUGAAAAAAGUGGGUGUGUUGAGUUCAGCUGAGGAAACCAGGAUCCUGAAGGCGGGCCAAAUACAGGAUCAGGUGAACACACUCACUACUAUUAUCUCUGGAAAGGACGCUCAAAGCUCUGAUACCCUGCGAGACUUUGUGGAGAAGUCAGAUUGUCCGGAGGCCCAGCUCAUCUUAAACCAUGACUCUAUGGUGGAGGCGCACAAAGGGGUGCUGUUAAGACGAUAUGAGCAGCACCGAGAUAGAGACUCCAUCAGCUGCUCCAAACUCGACAUUACCUCAAGACCCUUACUUCUGGUCGAUGGACUGUCUGACCUCCAGCAAAAGGAACAUGACCUGAUGCAGGUGGGGGCGACGCGAGGAGGGAAAAGAAAUCACCUCAGACAGCUGGGGUUGGACAAACUCUUGGAACCCUUGACCCGGGUCAGUCUGCCUCCCAGGGUCUCCCUUACAGCAGGAGUUGCUGGUAUCGGUAAGACCACCUGGGUCCGACACUUCAUCAAAAAGUGGAGCCAGGGGUCCGUCUGUACAGAUGUAAGCUUUGUCUUACCUUUCACAUUUUGUGAGCUGAACUCUUUGGAGAAGCUUUCAGCUGAGAGGCUGGUGAAGCUGGCUUUUCCUCAUUUAACAGAACCCAGUCUGGUUCUGGGUGGCUCCUGUCGGACCCUGCUCAUACUUGACGGUUUGGAUGAAUUUCACUGCACCUUGAAUUUCUCAGAUGCAGCUCCCUGCAGUGACACAAAGAAAGAAGUGUCUAUUGAAGACUUGGUGACUAACAUCAUCCGGGGAAAUCUGCUCCCAGAUGUAGCUGUGUGGGUGACAUCAAGGCCAGGAGUGGCCUCACUAAUCCCUGGUGGAUUAGUUGACAGGGUAACAGAAAUCCCAGGAUUCAGUCCUGCUGACAUUCAGAUCUUCCUAGACCACCAUUUCUCUGAGAUGGAUUAUGCCAGCAAAAUAUGGGCACACUUGAGGUCCCAUAAGAUCUUAAUGGUGAUGUGCUACAUACCCUCCAUUUGCUGGAUAGUGGCUGAUACCCUCAUGUACAUCAUGCAGAGUGAAACUCAGGAAAAUCUUCCAAGGACAUGCACUGAACUUUAUGCCCACUUUUGCUCUAUGAGGGCAGAGGUGGGUGAGCCAAGAGGCAGGGAGUCUGUAAAGAUGGAGCAGCUCCAUGGGAGCAAUCGUAAACUGUUUGGAAAUCUUGGAAGGCUGGCAUUUUAUGGGCUCCUUAAGCACAAAUACACUUUCAGUGAGCAGGACCUCAGGGCUUAUGGGAUAGACCUGCUAUCAAUUCAAAGCAGUCUUGGUAGUGGAGUUCUAGUUCGGGAGGAGUCCACCAUGUACACAGCGUACAGGUUCACUCAUUUGACAUUACAGGAGUUUCUUGCAGCUACAUUCUACUAUGUUUCUUCCAAGCGUGCCAUCUUUGACUUGUUCUCAGAAAGUACCAUGUCUUGGCCUAAGAUUGGCUUCCAGAACCACUUCAGAAACGCCUUCCAACACUCGCAACAAGCUGAAGAUGGACACUUGGAUGUAUUUGUUCGCUUUUUAACAGGUCUGUUAUGUCCAGUGGCACUGAAACCUCUUGCUGGGCUUCUGACUCUCGGGAAAGACGAUGGCAAUCAGAAGCCAUGGGCUGCUGGGUUUUUACAGAGCCACUUAGCUGGUGGCGGUUGUGUUGUGUCCCUGCGAGCCGUGAACCUGGCCUACUGCUUACAGGAGCUACAACAUACAGAGCUGCUGCGGAGUGUGGAGGAGGAUUUACGGCUUGGAAGCCUAGCUGGGAAGUUAUCAAGGGCUCAGUGUGUGGUUCUGGGCUACCUGCUUCAUGUGUCUCCAGAGUGCAGUGAGCAGACUAACUUAACAGGCUCCCUGAACUACACCACAGUCAAGUGUCUGCUCCCACAGCUGCUGUACUGCAGCCAUCUGAGGUUAGAGAAUAAUCAUUUCAAAGAUGAUGUGAUGGAAUUGUUGGGAAGCCUCCUGAGUGCCAAAGACUGCCACAUCCAGAAAAUCAGUUUAGCUGAAAAUGCCGUCAGCAGCAAAGGUGCCAAAGCACUCAGUCGAGCCCUCCUGGUGAACCGGACACUAACUUCUCUCAAUCUUCGGAACAACAACAUUGGCUCUAAAGGUGCAAAGUUCCUCGCAGAGGCUCUGAAAAUGAACCAAACACUGAUAUCAGCCAAUUUCCAGAAUAACAACAUUGAAGAGGAAGGUGCUCAGGCCCUUGCAGAGGUACUGCAGUGCAACCGCAAACUGGUAUCACUCAAUGUACAGAAGAAUUUGAUUGGAGCAGGUGGAGCCAAAAGGAUUGCUGAAGCCCUGAAGACAAACCGGACUCUCACUAAACUGAUUCUCUGUAGUAACCAGCUUGGGGAUAAAGGAACAGUAGCGCUGGCUGAGGCUUUGACAAUUAACCAGACACUGCUCUCACUUCAACUACAGAGCAACUCAAUCAGCAACAGAGGAAUGACAGCUUUAACAAAAGCAUUAAGGCUGAAUCAUGGCCUUGUGUCUUUAAAUUUAAGGGAAAACUCCAUUGGGGUAGAGGGUGCGAAGAACAUGGCCCAUGCUCUCCAAGAGAAUAACUCCCUCCAGAAUCUCGAUCUCACAGCAAACCUCUUACAUGAUGAAGGAGUACAAGCUAUAGCUGGGGCAAUCAAGGUUAAUCAAGCUCUCACCUCUUUGCAUCUCCAGUGGAAUUUCAUCAAGUCCUCUGCUACUAAGGCUCUGGCUCAAGCCCUGAGAUCCAACACCACAAUGCAGCUCUUGGAUCUACAGGAAAAUGCUAUCGGCAACGAAGGCGUCAUUUUUCUUGCCGAAGCUCUGAAAACCAACAGUUCCCUGCAUACACUGUGUCUCCAAGGAGUUUCAGCAGGCACAAGUGGCGCAGUUGCAAUGGCAAAGUCUCUAAUGACCAACCAAACCCUGCAAACAUUAGAUCUGCGAGGCAACGCUGUGGGGAUGGAAGGAGCGAAGGCUUUGGCUAAUGCUUUGAAAAGCAACAGGAGCCUCAAAUCACUGAAUUUACAGGAAAAUUCCCUGGGUAUGGAUGGGGCCAUAUUCAUUGCAACAGCCUUGAAAGGAAACCAUCAGUUGACAUACAUCAAUUUGCAGGGGAAUGGCAUUGGAGAGUCUGGGGCAAAGGUCAUUUCUGAUGCCAUUAGAACCAAUGCCCCAGGCUGCAUGGUGGACAUCUGAAAAAACAAACAUGACAUGAUGGAGGUCAUGGUACAGAAACAGCAAUAGCCAUUUUUUUCAACAAGUUUUGACUGUGCUUAAGUCAGUGUUUUUCAACCUUGGGGUCGGGACCCCAUAUGGGGUCACUUGGAAUUCGAAUGGGGUGGCCUGAAAUUUCUAGUAAUAGAUAAAAAUAAAU